AUGGCGACUACAGUUCGGGAAGACGGGGUCUGGAGGCAGACGAGAACACUGCUCCUCAAGAAUUACCUGGUGAAAUGCAGGACCAAGAAGAGCAGUGUUCAGGAAAUUCUUUUUCCACUGUUUUUUUUGUUUUGGUUAAUAUUAAUUAGCAUGAUGCAUCCAAAUAAAAAAUAUGAAGAAGUGCCUGAUGUAGAACUCAGUGCCCUGGACGCGUCCAUCCUCACCAACGUGGUUCUUGGAUUUACGCCCGUGACUAACAUCACGAGGAGCAUCAUGCAGAAGGCGUCUGUGGAUCACCUUCAUGACGUUGUAACUAUUGAAGAAUAUGCAGAUGAAAAAGAAUUGGUAACAUCCAGUCUUUCCAAGUCCAGCACCUUCGUAGGCAUUGUGUUCAAAGACUUCAUGUCCUACGAGCUCCGGUUUUUUCCUGAUACAAUUCCAGUAUCUUCUAUUUAUAUGGAUUCAAGAGCUGGCUGUUCCCCAUCAUGUGACGCUGUCCAGUUCUGGACCUCAGGGUUCACGGUUCUGCAGGCCUCGAUAGACGCAGCCAUCAUACAGAUGAAGACCAAUGUUUCUUUUUGGAAAGAGCUGGAGUCAACUAAAGCUGUUCUUAUGGGAGAAAUGGCUAUUGUAGAAAUAGAUACCUUUCCCCGAGGAGUAAUUUUAAUAUACCUAGUUAUAGCGUUUUCACCUUUUGGAUACUUUUUGGCAAUUCACAUCGUAGCAGAAAAAGAGAAGAAGUUAAAAGAGUUUUUAAAGAUAAUGGGACUUCAUGACACGGCCUUUUGGCUUUCCUGGGUUAUUCUCUACGCAAGUUUGAUUUUUCUCAUGUCCCUUCUCAUGGCAGUCAUUGCAACAGCGUCUUCCUUAUUCCCCCAGAGUAGCUGCUUUGUGAUAUUUCUCCUUUUUUUCCUCUAUGGCUUAUCAUCUGUAUUUUUUGCUUUAAUGCUAACGCCUCUUUUUAAAAAAUCAAAGCAUGUGGGAAUAGUUGAAUUUUUGGUCACAGUGGCUUUUGGAUUUGUUGGCCUCUUGAUAGUCCUCAUGGAAAGCUUCCCCCGAUCAUUAGUGUGGCUCCUCAGUCCCUUCUGUCAGUGCACCUUCCUGAUUGGCGUAGCACAGGUCAUGCAUUUAGAAGACGUUGAUGAAGGUGCUUUAUUUUCUAAUUUAACUGAAGGCCCGUAUCCUCUAAUUAUCACUCUUAUGAUGCUGAUACUUAACAGCAUUUUCUACAUCCUCUUGGCUGUUUAUCUUGAUCAAGUCAUUCCAGGAGAAUUUGGCUUACGGAGAUCAUCGUUUUAUUUUCUGAAGCCGUCAUAUUGGUCAAAGAGCAAAAGGAAUUAUAAGGAGUUAUCGGAGGGCAAUGUGAAUGGGAAUGUCAGUUUUAGUGAAAUUGUUGAGCCUGUUUCUUCAGAAUUUAUAGGAAAAGAAGCCAUCAGAAUCAGUGGUAUCCAGAAGACCCACAGAAAGAAAGGUGAAAAUGUGGAGGCUUUGAGAAGUCUGUCCUUUGACAUAUACGAGGGCCAGAUCACAGCCCUGCUUGGCCACAGCGGCACAGGGAAGAGCACCCUGAUGAAUAUUCUGUGUGGGCUGUGCCCGCCCUCGGAUGGGUUUGCAUCCAUAUAUGGACACAGAGUCUCAGAAAUAGAUGAAAUGUUUGAAGCCAGGAAAAUGAUUGGCAUUUGUCCACAGCUAGACAUACACUUUGACGUCCUGACGGUAGAGGAAAACUUGUCCAUUUUGGCGUCUGUCAAAGGAAUACCAGCCAACGAUGUCAUACAGGAAGUGCAGAGAGUCUUACUGGAUUUAGACAUGCAGGCUAUCAAAGAUAAUCAGGCUAAAAAGUUAAGUGGUGGCCAAAAAAGAAAACUGUCUUUAGGAAUUGCUGUUCUCGGGAACCCAAAGGUGCUGUUGUUGGACGAGCCAACAGCUGGGAUGGACCCGUGUUCUCGUCAUAUUGUCUGGAAUCUUCUGAAAUACAGAAAAGCGAACCGGGUGACGGUGUUUAGUACUCACUUCAUGGAUGAAGCCGACAUUCUCGCUGAUAGGAAGGCUGUCAUAUCACAAGGAAUGUUAAAAUGUGUUGGUUCUUCAAUUUUUCUCAAAAGCAAAUGGGGAAUUGGCUACCGGCUGAGCAUGUGCAUAGACAGAUGCUGCGCCACAGAACCUCUUUCUUCUCUGGUCAAACAACACAUCCCUGCGGCAACUUUGUUGCAACAGAACGAGCAGCAGCUUGUGUACAGCUUGCCUUUCAAGGACAUGGACAGAUUUCCAGGCUUAUUUUCUGCUCUAGACACUCAUUCAAACUUAGGUGUUAUUUCUUAUGGUGUCUCCAUGACGACUUUGGAAGAUGUAUUCUUAAAGCUAGAAGUUGAAGCAGAAAUUGACCAAGCAGAUUACAGCGUGUUUUCUCAGCAGCCGCAGGAGGAAGAGUUGGAUUCAAAAUCCUCCGACGAGAUGGAGCAGAGCUUGCUUAUUCUCUCCGAAAGCAAGGCUGCCCUGGUGAGCACCAACGGCCUCUGGAGGCAGCAGGUGUCCACCGUCGCCAGGCUUCACUUGCUCAACCUGAGACGCGAAAGCAAGUCCCUGAGAUCUGUGUUGCUUCUACUUUUAAUUUUUUUCACAGUUCAGAUUUUCAUGUUUUUGGUGCAUCACUCUUUGAAAAAUGCCGUGGUUCCCAUCAGACUUGUUCCAGACUUAUACUUCCUUAAGCCCGGAGAUCAACCUGAUAAAUACAGAACCAGUCUGCUCCUUCAGAACUCCACUGACUCGGACAUCAGUGACCUUCUUGGCUUUCUCACAAAUCAGAACAUAACAGUGACGAUGUUUACUGACAGCGACUACAUGUCCGCCGCGCCCCACAGCGCAGCUCUGAACGUGGCGCGGGCAGAAAAGGACUAUGUUUUUACUGCUGUUUUCAACAGUACUAUGGUUUACUCUUUACCCGUGUUAAUGAAUAUCAUUAGUAACUACUAUCUUUAUCAUUCAAACGUCACUGAAAGCAUCCAGGUUUGGAAUACCCCAUUCUUUCAGGAAAUCACGGACAUUGUUUUCAAAAUCGAGCUGUACUUCCAAGCAGCUUUACUUGGGGUUAUUGUUACCGCAAUGCCUCCUUACUUCGCCAUGGAAAAUGCAGAGAAUCACAAGACCAAAGCUUAUACUCAGCUUAAACUCUCAGGUCUCUUGCCUUCUGCAUAUUGGCUCGGACAGGCUGUUGUUGACAUCCCCUUAUUUUUUGUGGUCCUUACUUUGAUGUUAGGCAGUUUGUUUGCAUUUCAUUAUGGAUUAUAUUUUUAUGCUGUCAAGUUUCUUUCUGUGGUUUUUUGCCUUAUUGGUUACGUUCCAUCAGUUAUUCUGUUUACCUACAUUACUUCUUUCACCUUUAAAAAAAUUGUAAAUACCAAAGAAUUUUGGUCAUUUAUCUAUUCUGUGACAGCAUUGGCUUGCAUUGCAGUCACUGAAAUCACUUACUUCAUGGGAAACACUGCAACAAUUAUUCUUCAUUAUAUCUUUUGCAUUACCAUCCCAAUCUAUCCGCUUCUAGGUUGCCUGAUUGGUUUCAUAAAGAUUACUUGGAAGAAUCUUCAGAGAAAUGAGGACACCUACGAUCCGUGGGAUAGCCUUCUGGUGGCUGUUUUAUUGCCUUAUCUGCACUGUGUGCUGUGGGUUUUUCUCCUGCGGUCCUGCGAGAAAAAAUAUGGUGGCAGAUCGUUAAGGAAGGAUCCCUUUUUCAGGACUCUUUCAACAAAGUCCAAACACAGAAAGUUUUCAGAACCACCCAACAAUGAGGAUGAAGAUGAAGAUGUCAAAGCUGAAAGGCUAAAGGUCAAAGAGCUGAUGAGCUGUCAGUGUUGCGAGGAGAAACCAGCCAUUAUGGUCAAUAAUCUGCACAAAGAAUAUGAAAACAAGAAAGAUUUUCUUCCUACAAGAAAAGUAAAGAAAGUGGCAAAUAAAUAUGUCUCCUUCUGUGUGAAAAAAGGCUGGUAUUUAAUUAUUUUUCUCUUAAAUAACUUUCCCAGAAGAGUAAUUCUCAUUUUUCAGUUUGAUUUGCAUUUGAUGACUUUUCUUCUCAUUCCUCCAGGAGAGAUCUUGGGACUGUUGGGUCCAAAUGGCGCAGGCAAAAGCACGAUUAUUAACAUCCUGGUUGGUGACAUUGAGCCGACUUCAGGCCAGGUCUUCCUAGGAGACUACUCUUCACACCCAGCUGAAGAAGACGACUCUGGGAGGUGUAUGGGCUACUGUCCCCAGAUCAACCCCCUCUGGCCGGACAUCACCCUGCAGGAGCACCUCCAGAUCUACGGAGCCGUCAAAGGGCUGAGAGCCAGUGACGUGCCGGAGGUCACGGAUCGAAUAACAAAUGCACUUGAUCUAAAAGAACACCUCCAGAAAACUGUAAAGAAACUUCCCGCAGGAAUCAAGCGCAAGCUGUGCUUCGCCCUGAGCAUGCUGGGCAGCCCCCCGGUCACGCUGCUGGACGAGCCGUCCACAGGUAUGGAUCCCAAAGCCAAACAGCACAUGUGGAGAGCAAUUAGAACCGCGUUCAAAAACAGGAAGCGCGCCGCCAUCCUGACCACGCACUACAUGGAGGAGGCGGAGGCCGUCUGCGACCGCGUGGCCAUCAUGGUGUCGGGGCGGCUGAGGUGUAUUGGGACAGUCCAGCAUCUGAAGAGUAAAUUUGGAAAAGGAUACUUUUUGGAAAUCAAGUUAAAGGAUUGGAUAGAAGACCUGGAAGUAGACCGUCUUCAAAGAGAAAUUCAGUGUAUUUUCCCAAAUGCUAGCCGUCAGGAAAGUUUUUCUACUAUUCUGGCUUAUAAAAUUCCUAAGGAAGACGUUCAGUCCCUUUCACAAUCUUUUUCUAAGCUGGAAGAAGCUAAACAUACAUUCGCCAUUGAAGAGUACAGCUUUUCUCAAGCAACGUUGGAACAGGUUUUUGUGGAGCUCACGAAAGAACAAGAGGAGGAAGACAACAGCUGUGGCACCUUCAACAGCACACUGUGGUGGGAAAGAACACAAGAGGACAGAGUCGUAUUUUGA